AUGAGGGAUUGGCCAAGGCCCAAAAGUGCCACAGAGAUUAGGAGUUUCCUAGGUUUAGCGGGAUACUAUUGGAAUUUUGUUGAGGGGUUCUCAAGGAUUACAACACCACAAACAGAGUUGACACGUAAGAACUUGAAGUUCAUUUGGUUAGACAGAUGUGAGAACAACUUCCAAGAGUUGAAACAACGGUUGAUCACUGCUCUGGUAACAAGUCUUCCUUCAGAUCAGGAGAAGGUUGUGGUUUAUUGCGAUGCGUCGAGACAGGGAUUAGACAAUGUCUUUAUGCAGGCUGGGAAGCGGUACCCUACUCAUGAUCUAGAUUCAGAAGCAGUGGUAUUCGCACUGAAGGUGUGUCGGCAUUAUCUGUAUAGGGAGAAUUGUGAUAUUUACAAUGAUCAUAAAAGUUUGAAGUAA